AUGAACUUCAAUCAGAACCUAAAUGUAAACAAUCUAAUCUACAUCCAGGUGAACUUCAAUGAAGACCUAAAUGCAAUCCAAUCCAAUGCCCAGAUUAACUUCGAUGAAGACCUAAAUGUAGGCAGUCCAAUUCAUAGGCAGAUUAUAUUUAAUAAGAGCCUAGGUGUAGGCAAUCGAAUGCAUACCCACGUGAACUUUAAUAUGGCCCUACGUGGAAAAGACCUAAGUAUAGAGAAGUUAGUUCAAACCCAGCUGAACUUCUAUAAGGACUUAAAUCUAGACAAUUUAGUCCACACCCAGGUGAACUUCAAUGAAGAUGUGAACUUCUAUAAGGACCUAAAUCUAGAUAAUUUAGUUCAUACCCAUUUGAACUUCUAUAAGGACCUAAGUCUGAACAAUUUCUUCCAUAUUCAGGUGAACUUCUAUAACAACCUAAAUCUGGACAAUUUAGUCCACACCCAGAUGAACUUCUAUAAGGACCUAAGUCUGAACAAUUUCUUCCAUAUUCAGGUAAACUUCAAUGAAGACCUAGAUCUAGACAAUUUAGUCCUCACUCAGGUGAACUUUUAUAACGUCCUAAGUGUAGAUAAUUUAGUUCAUACACAAUUGAACUUCUAUAAGAAUCUCAGUCUGGACAAUUUAGUGAACUUCUAUAAGGAUCUAAAUCUAGUCAAUUUAGUCCACAGCCAGGUGAACUUCAAUGAAGACCUAAGUCUAGACAAUUUAGUUCAUACCCAACUGAACUUCUAUAAGGACGUAAGUCUGGACGAUUUAUUCCACAUUCAGGUGAACUUCUAUAACAACCUAAAUCUGGACAAUUUAGUCCACACCAGCUGA